CUACAUACUUUUCCACUCUCCCAACCACACUGCGCACAGAUAAAGUCACGUUUAAAUUAGUAAGGGAGAAAUUAUGUAGUCCAUUCCGUUAAAAGAUAUAAAAGUUGUUUUUUUUUUAUAACGGUUCAAAAUAACAAAGCCGAAGAACAUGUCCGCAGACCCGGUGCAGAUUUCAGACUCGGCGGAGUUUACGGUGGAUGCAGUGGAGAGGGCUCUCCAGCAGCUGUACUACGAUCCAGACAUGACCCAAAAAAGCAUGGCUCAAAAGUGGCUGACACAGGCUCAGGCAUCCCGGCAGGCGUGGCACUUCAGCUGGGCACUGUUGAGCCCUGACAAGGUGCCAGAGAUCCAGUUCUUUGGGGCCAGCACACUUCACACUAAGAUCACCCUGCAUUGGUCCAACCUUACCCCAGAGCAACGCGAGUCCCUCCGCUCCCAGCUCAUUGCCCGGGUGAUCCAGUUUGCCUGUGGACCCAAGAUGGUUCUGACUCGGCUAUCUGUGGCCCUGGCGUCUCUGAUAUUACAUGCUCUCCUGGACAGCUGGCCAACUGCUGUCCCGGACCUCUUGCAGGCAUUCCAGAGCGGGGACGGGGCGGCAGAGGGUGCUGCUCGGUACCUGGCAUUGCUUGAGAUAAUAGCCGUCCUCCCAGAAGAGCUCCAGAGCAGGAGUCAUCCAAUGGAGCGGCGGGCCCAGCUUCAAGGUGCCCUGGCCCAGGAGUGGAGCUCUCUGUGCCCUAUUCUCCACCAGCUGCUGUACCAGGAUGGCUCGGAAGGCCGGGUGAAGGAACAGGUCUUGAGGUGUGUAGCGUCUUGGUUCGCCCUGGAUGUGGACAUGUGCAAAAGCGAGGACCUGCUGGAGGACUGCUUUGCACUUCUCAAGGAGCCUCAGCUUUUUGACACAGCUGUGGAGACCAUUGUGAGUGCCCUGUCACAACCAGAUUGCCAAAGGUAUGCUGAUACUUUGCUGAAGAUGAUACCCCUGGUGCUGGGUCUCCAAGAGCAACUAAAGAGGGCAGUAGAGGACAGAGACAUGGAGACAUCUCAUGGAAUUUGCCGCAUUGCGGUGGCAUUGGCGGAAACCCACUGCAAGACUCUGCUGGAGAAGGUGGCGCAUUGGCAGGGCUUCCAGGCUCUGGUCAGUAUGAUUCUCUCUUGCACCAGCAUCCCUGGGCACUACCCUGUGGAUGAGACCUCCAGCUCUCUCACUCUUACAUUCUGGUACACGCUACAGGAUGACAUCUCGUCACUGGAGAUGGAGAAGCAGACCCUCUACCUGCGGAUUUACAGGCCAGUUUACUUCCAGCUUGUGGAUGUCUUGCUGCUUAAGGCUCAUUUCCCCAGUGAGCAGGACUACACUUCAUGGUCCUCUGACGACAAGGAGCAGUUCAGGACUUACAGAGUUGACAUUUCUGAUACUCUGAUGUACGUGUAUGAGCUGCUGGGCCCUGAGCUGCUCCGUAAUCUGUAUGAUAAACUUGGUGCACUGCUGACUGAUAAGACGCUCUCCUCCUCAUGGCAGGAUAUAGAGGCUAUGCUGUUUGGCUUUCAAUCUGUAGCUGAGACAGUGGACAUCAGUUACUCAGAUGUCAUUCCUGGUCUGAUUGGCCUAAUCCCGCUAAUCACCGCUAACAACGUUCAAUUGGCAGAGACCAUCAUGCUUACCAUAGGUUCACUGGCGGAGUGGUUGGCGGACCACUCUCUCAUGCUGCCUGGUAUCCUGCGUGUAGUCCUGCAGGCUCUGUCCAGCGCCGAUCUCUCUGUGGCCACUGUCUCCACCCUGAAGAGGCUCUGCCGAGAGUGUCGGCAUGACCUCCGCCCCCACGCUGACAACAUUCUUGCAGCCUCACAGGAUUCUCUCAUCAAACGGAUCCAUAAGAGUACCCAGAGUAUGUGGCUCAUGCAGGCACUGGGUUACCUGCUCUCUGCCCUGCCAGAUGAAGAGGUCCCAGAGAAGCUCCUCCCCCUGCUCUCCCCCUACAUCCAGCAGCUGGAGACUCUAACCAAUCAGACGCCUGAUCCUUCCAGUAAGCUGUCUGUUGUGCAUGUGCUGGGCCUGCUCUCUGGCCUCUUCUCCACACUGGACCUGAAUAAACGAGGCGAAGCGUCAGAGGUGGGUGGAGCCGGACGAACCCAGCCUCGACCCAGCAACCCGGUUGUAGUUGUGCUGCAGCAGGUUUUUCCCCUCAUCCAGACGCUGCUGAGCAAGUGGCUGAAGGAGACUGAGGUGGUGGGGGCUGCGUGUGUCAUGUUUGAAAAAUCAAUGAGGACCCUUGUCUGUGGCUUUGCCCCCCUUGUCACUCAGCUUUGUGAGCUAAUUGGUCAGCUGUUCACUGUUUUCCCACAAGCCUCGGUUUUGGACCUCACACGACAGUUGGUUCAUGUAUUUGCUUGUGAGAAGGAACACUUCGCAUCAAUCACUGCCCUAUUGGAACUCAUUACAAAUGUCACCAUGUCUGUUUUUCAGCAUGGUGCCAGAGACUAUCCUGAUGUGGUUGAUUCGUUUAUGCAGCUUCAUAUACAGGUUUUGAAAAGAAAACCAGACCUAUAUCUUUCAAAGGGUCUUGAUAUAAAAGUUGUUUUCUACUGUGGAAUCUUAUCGUUCAAAUUUCCAGAGGCUCCUACAGUGAAGUCAACAUGCAUAUUAUUUACCGAAUUGAUCUCCCACUGUGAGGACAUCCCAGCAGUGAGGGAGGUGCUACAAGAGGAUGGCACGCUGCUCCUCCAGACCCUGCUGGAGGCAAUCAGUGGCCAGGCCCCGGGUGGCCUGCUGGAACACGUAGCCGAGGUGCUCUUCUCCCUGAGCCGCCGCUGCCCCAGCCUGCUGUUGGCCCAGUUGCGAGAGGCCCUGCUGCCUAAUGGCUUCCCCAGCAUCCUCCUCAGGCCACAGCAGAAAGAUCGCUUCUGCCAGCAGGUCCUCAGGGAACAAGUAAGCAAAUGGAGGAUGAGGGACAUCGUUAAAGAGUUUGCCCUAAUGUGCCAAGGCCUACCAGGAACGGAGUUUGCUGCAAGUUAUUAAACACAUUGGUUGGUGUUCUGUAUCUUCUAACAUGAGAUACUGAACGCA